GGAGACACGAGCGGAUGGGACAUGCAGUGGAAAUGAGACGCUGGUCAAAGUUCCACCAAGCUCUGAAUACCACAUUAUGAAUAUCCGUUUGAAGGCCAACAUCUAGACGGAAAAUGCAUCAUCAUCUCAACCUUUUUUUUCCAAUCUGUGUUAAAUGUGUGGGAGGUGAUAACUGCUAUUACAACUAAUCAAAGAAGUUCCAACCUUCUCAAAAUACUCACCAUCACCGAUGUCACUUACUUUGGUGGGGCAACACGUAAGAUGUCUAGGUGAUCCCUAGGUAGCCAGGCACUGCUCCGGACUACCUCUCAUUUUAUCAUAGCCUUUUUGAAUCCUGGCCCAUUAUUAGACUUCAACCUGAUAUAAUGCAGUACUUUAUACUUUGCGCUUUGAUCUUGUUCUACGUUUUUGACAAAACUAUGGAGUUUAAUCAUCUGGAGAAGAGAUAUUUCGGUAUCACUUUACAUUCAUUAAAAUUAGUAAAUGUGUAAAAAAUUAUGAACAAACAAUAGACUAACAUUUAAUGAAAGGUUAACUAAUGGUCUAGCUAUCAUUUACUAAUCGUGCCAUGUUCACUAAACAUUACAUUUAGAGUUAGCGUUAACCAUAACCCUAACUCUAACCUUAACCCUAACCUCAACCCCUAGUGCUACAUUAUAAUGAGAAUUACUGCAAUCACAAAUGUUAAUUCAUGGUUAAUAAAUGUACCAUUAUUGUAAAGUGUUACUAAUAUUUCUUGGCCGACAACAUUUUACUUCUGGAGGACAUAAUAAACAUAAAACAACAAAAUAGCAACACUCAUAUUACAUUUUCCAUUUUCAGAUAAAAUAAAUGUAUUUUAAAUAUAUUCAUAUUUUUGCUGUUGUCGUUUUAGCCAAUGAUAUGGUAUCAAACAUGCUUACAUUUCAAUAUUGGAAUUGUAUGGGGGUGGAGAAUAUGAAAUUAAAAGCAGGAAAUAAUCUGCAGCCAGAAAGUAAACCUUUCAGACGUUUGACUGGCCGCAGCAGUUUCGUUUUCCACGGCCUGAAGAAUUUCCCCUUGCAUCACUACGACGAGUUGACUUCACUUUCCGUGAAGGAGAUGGAUAUAAAGAGACCCCGAUGGUUCAUCCUUCACAAUCCACCUGUCUCUGCUGAGUCCUGAACCUCCUAGUCCUCUCGCUUUGCCUGAAAGACCAAGACAGCACCAGUGACCUUGUGAAGCCACAGAAGAAGAGAUGAAAGCCACCAUGUUCAGCCUCAUCAAAGUCCUGCUGCUCCUGAGCCUGCUGGCAUCGCUCUCCAGCGCCCAGAGUCCUCGGACAAACCGUUGUCUGUGUUCAUCCCUCCAAAAAUCUAUCGGACGAAAUGUACAAAUGAUCAACUUCUACGAAGCAAACACUUUCUGUGACAAACUGGAGAUUGUUGUGACUAGGAAGAAUGGAAUGCGGUUCUGUCUGAAUCCCAACUCCAGAGACGGUCUCUACCUUCAAAGGAGGAAUAAAGACUCAACUCCUAGGUCUACAACCCCCCCCCAGUGAAGCCUCAACAGAGUGGUUUAAUCCACACAAACACGCCACUGAAGAAAACAAUGUCAAAGCACAAGGGUUACUUGUUUUUGUUGUAUUAUAGAUAAGCUAUUUUGUUCCAUAGGCCAAGUCUACUUUUUUUAUAUCGUGCGUUGUGUGUAUAUAACGUGUUGUACUAUAGUCCUUCUUUGAUCUUUAAUGUAUAAUAAAAUGAUGAAUACAUAA